AUGGCCCCGCGAAAUCUUUGUGCAGUGUGUCGAUACUAUGCAAGUGGAAGCAGCGAUGUUGUAAGUGCGAGAUGCUAUAUUGAAAUCGCCACUGCGUUGACUGCGGAGUUCCCACGAGGAGCACCAAAAGCCGAUGCCACAGAUGUCAUCUGGAGACACCGGUUGCGUGGAAUUUUUGCGGAGUUCAUGUGCUCAAAUUGCGUGAACUCCAAAGUUCCACGCGCGAUCACGAAGGAGACACGAAAGAAGCCCCUCUGCAAGAAGAGACAGGGCCUACGUAUUGGGGAAAACGGAAAGAGCAUACGUGUAAAGAUUGCGGCGAUUCCAGAAUGGCUGGGCAAAACAGGUGCGAAAGCAGCUGGAAUGAUUACGGGGACCGCCGAAGAGAGGAAGUUCGCGAAAGGCAUCGCAGAAGAGACGCAGAACCUCUUCACCCUCCGCCUGUUCAGGGGAAACAAUGUGCCAAUCCAAACUGUGCCAUCCUUCUACCCUCUAUAG